CCCAGGAGUGGGCAGUCACGCCACAAAACGUCCAGGAGCAUGAGCGUGACUGCGGCCAUGGAGAGCAGCUGCGAGCUGGACCUGGUGUACAUCACGGAGCGGAUCAUCGCCGUCUCCUACCCCAGCGCGGCCGAGGAGCACAGCUUCCGCAGCAACCUCCGCGAGGUGGCCCACAUGCUGAGAUCCAAGCACGGGGACAGCUACGUGCUUUUCAAUCUCUCCGAGAGCAGACAUGACAUCAACAAACUUCACCCCAAGGUGCUGGAUUUUGGCUGGCCUGACCUGCACACCCCUGCGCUGGAGAAGAUCUGCAGCAUUUGCAAAGCCAUGGACACGUGGCUCAACGCGACGGCUCACAACGUGGUGGUGCUGCACAACAAGGGGAACCGUGGCCGGCUGGGGGUUGUCGUGGCUGCCUACAUGCACUACAGCAACAUCUCGGCCAGUGCGGACCAGGCUCUGGACAGGUUUGCCAUGAAGCGCUUCUACGAGGACAAGGUGGUGCCGGUGGGACAGCCCUCACAGAAGAGGUACAUCCAUUACUUCAGUGGCCUCCUGUCCGGCACUAUCAAGAUGAACAACAAACCCCUCUUCCUCCACCACGUCAUCAUGCAUGGCAUCCCCAACUUCGAGUCGAAAGGCGGUUGUCGGCCCUUCCUGAAAAUCUACCAGGCCAUGCAGCCCGUCUACACCUCGGGGAUCUACAAUGUGCAAGGGGACAGCCAGACGGGCAUCUGCAUCACCAUUGAGCCUGGCCUGCUCCUCAAGGGUGAUAUCUUGCUGAAAUGCUACCACAAGAAGUUUCGCAGUCCAACCCGGGAUGUAAUUUUUCGGGUGCAGUUCCACACGUGCGCUGUGCACGACCUUGACAUUGUCUUUGGCAAGGAGGAUCUGGACGAAGCAUUCAGAGAUGACCGCUUCCCUGAGUACGGGAAGGUGGAGUUUGUGUUCUCCUAUGGCCCCGAGAAGAUCCAAGGCAUGGAACAUCUGGAGAAUGGGCCCAGUGUCUCUGUGGACUAUAACACGUCGGACCCGCUCAUCCGCUGGGAUUCCUACGAGAACUUCAACAUCCAACGUGAGGACAGUGUGGAAGGCUCCUGGGCCGAGCCACCCCUGGCUGGCAAACACCUGGAGAAAGAGGUUGGGCACACACAAGGGCCCCUGGACGGGAGCCUCUACGCUAAGGUGAAGAAGAAAGACUCCCUCCACGGCAGCACCGGCGCUGUCAACACCACCCGCCUCCCGCUCUCGGCAACGCCGAACCAUGUCGAGCACACGCUCUCGGUGAGCAGCGACUCGGGCAACUCCACCGCCUCCACCAAGACCGACAGGACCGAUGAGCCAGGGGCGUCCGGGGCGCCCAGUGGCCAAACGGUGCUGAGCCCUGAGGAGAAGCGGGAGCUGGACCGGCUCCUUGUCGGCUUCGGCUUGGAGAGCACGGUGCCCAUGCACAACCGCGCACCGGGCCCCGUGCCCACUCGCUUGCCCACCAUGACGGGCCGCCACGUGGUGCCAGCUCAGGUGCACGUCAAUGGGAACGCCGCGCCGCUGGUGGCCGAGCGGGAGACAGAUAUCUUAGAUGACGAGCUGCCCAACCAGGAUGGGCACAGCGUGGGCAGCCUGGGCACGCUCUCCUCCUUGGAUGGCACCACCACCGCCAGCGAGGCUGGGUACCACGAGGCACCCCGCGUAGGGAGCCUCUCCUCCCUGCCCAAUGGCCCUUCGAGCUACAACGGCACCGAGAAGCUGCUCAAAGAAGGGCUCUAUGAUGCGGAGCUGCUCUCCAACGGUGGCUACCCCUACAACAACCAGAACACGCUGAUGGGGCAUCACGUCCGUGACCCUCUGUCUCACUUGCGGCCGUCAGCAUCCGCUCAGGAGAGCCUGGCCGGCUACCCACAGAGGCAGCCGGGCUUGUCAUCCCCGGUCUGGCUCCAGCCCCAGCCACUGGCCAGUGUGCAGCCCUACCUGUAUAGCUACGACCCUCCUGGUGCCUACCGCUCCCAGUCCUACCCGGCGGUGGACUUGGCCAAGUACGAGACAAACCCCGCACUGCCCCAGGCCCCAGCUCGCAGCACCAGCAGCCGGGAGGCCGUGCAGAGGGGCUUGAAUUCCUGGCAGCAGCAAGGCGGGAGCCGGCCACCUUCCCGGCAGCAGGAUGGUGCCUUGGAGAGCCACAGCCCCAGCGUGUCCAGCUGCAGCCCCCAGCCCAGCCCGCUGCAGCUCGUGCCCCCGCACAGCCACAGCAUGCCCGAGUUCCCGCGGGCACCGUCCCGCCGUGAGAUCGAGCAGUCCAUCGAAGCGCUCGAUGUCCUCAUGCUUGACCUCGCUCCCACCGUGCACAAGUCACAGAGUGUGCCCGUGACCUCCCGUGAAGACAAGCCGGGGCCCCUGGUCUCCUCGCUGUCAGCCCAGCCUGUUUCAGGUCUCUAUGGCCAGUCAACUCUACAGGUGGCCCAGCCAAGGUCCUUCGGUACCUCUUUGAGCGCCACGGUCUCCGAACCUGUGCCCAAAGCCUAUUCUCCUGUGGGUCGUGGUGUUGGGGAGCCAGACUACAUGGUGCAGGAUUACCGGGAGACCUAUUCGCCCUACAGCUACCAGCCGCCUUCCGUGCCAGAGCCAAGGAGUUACAGCCAUGCCCCGGCCAGUGCCCCGGUGAGCGUCGUCUCGCUCAGCACCUCGUACAGCCCCACAGGAUCUCAGCAGCUCCUGGUCUCCUCCCCACCUUCCCCUACAGUCCCAGCACAAACCCAGCUACCCCUCAAGGGGCUUGAGAGCUAUGAAGACUUGUCGAGAUCAGCAGAAGAGCCCUUGAACCUGGAGGGCCUGGUAGCCCACAGGGUGGCAGGGGCGCAGUCCCGGGAGAAGCCCCCCGACGAGAGCGCCGUCCCUGCCCGCAAGCGGCCGCCCAGCGAGAGCCGCUAUGAGAAGAGCUCGCCGGAGCCCGGCUCGCCGCGCAGCCCCACGCUCCGCUCGCCGGUGCACAGCGUCUCGCCCGAGGUGGUCAGCACCAUCGCGGCCAACCCCGGAGGGAGGCCCAAAGAGCCUCACCUCCACAGCUACAAGGAAGCCUUCGAGGAGCUGGAGGGCGCCUCCCCCAGCAGCCCACCUCCCGGCGGCGGUGAGAUUUCUCCCCCCACCCCAGACCUCCCCGUCUCGCCACAAACCCCUUACUCCGACCCCCUGCGUUCUCCGCCUGGCCUGGCCAAGACGCCGCUGUCAGCGCUGGGGCUGAAACCCCACAACCCAGCUGAGAUCCUGCUGCACCCGGUGGGAGAGCUAGAAGGGGAGGCGGGAGUUGACUCUGUUGAAGAGCCCAGGAGCUACGUUGAGUCAGUGGCACGGACAGCCACGACAGGCAGGGGAGGGAGUCUGCCGACCGUCCAGCCAGAGACCACCGAGGCACCCACCAGGAAUGGUGCCUUCCCCAACUCCUUCACCACCCCCAGUCCCAUCUCCACCAGCAGCCCCAUUCACAGCGUGGACGGAGCCUCCAUCCGCAGCUACCCGUCGGAGGGCAGCCCCCACGGCACGGUUACGCCUCCCCACGCUUCAGCCGAAUCUACUUACCGGUCGCCUGUUGCCUCCCAAGUGCCCUCUGCUCACAGCAGCUACCAAAACUCGUCUCCAUCCUCCUUCAUUGCGGUCCAAGGAGGGGCCCCGGGCACAGCGUAUGGCAGCCCCGCCUACCCCGACAGCCGUGGCGGCCUCACCCCGCCCGACUCGGCCGCCUACCGGCAGGGCAGCCCCACGCCGCAGCCCGCGCUGCCCGAGAAGAGGAGGAUGUCGGCCGGGGACCGCUCCAGCAGCCUGCCCAACUACGCCACCGUCAACGGCAAGAUGUCCUCGCCUCUCUCCAGCGGCAUGUCCAGCCCCAGUGGCAGCAGCGCCGUGACUUUCUCCCACACCCUGCCGGACUUCUCCAAGUUUUCCAUGCCAGACAUCAGCCCUGAGACUCGUGCCAAUGUCAAGUUUGUCCAAGACACUUCCAAGUACUGGUACAAACCGGACAUUUCCAGGGAACAGGCCAUCACGUUGCUGAAGGACAGAGAGCCAGGGGCUUUCAUCAUCCGCGACAGCCACUCCUUCCGGGGAGCCUACGGCCUCGCCAUGAAGGUUGCGUCCCCACCUCCCACGGUCAUGCAGCAGAACAAGAAAGGAGACAUCACCAAUGAACUGGUGAGACACUUCCUCAUCGAGACCAGCCCGCGGGGCGUGAAACUAAAAGGAUGCCCCAAUGAGCCCAAUUUUGGGUGCCUCUCGGCUCUGGUGUACCAGCACUCCAUCAUGCCCUUGGCCCUGCCCUGCAAGCUGGUCAUUCCUGACCGAGAUCCUACCGAGGAAAAGAAAGACUCUGCAUCAGCCACCAACUCUGCCACGGACCUCCUCAAACAGGGUGCGGCCUGCAACGUCCUUUUUAUCAACUCUGUGGAGAUGGAGUCGCUCACGGGCCCCCAGGCCAUAGCAAAGGCCGUCUCGGAGACGCUGGUCGCCGACCCCACGCCCACCGCUACUAUCGUCCACUUCAAGGUUUCCGCGCAAGGCAUCACCUUAACAGACAACCAGAGGAAAUUGUUCUUCCGACGACACUAUCCCCUCAACACUGUCACCUUCUGUGACCUGGAUCCCCAGGAAAGAAAGUGGACUAAAACUGAUGGCAGCGGCCCAGCCAAGCUCUUUGGCUUUGUGGCCAGGAAGCAAGGGAGCACCACGGACAACAUUUGCCAUCUCUUCGCCGAGCUGGAUCCGGACCAGCCAGCUGCAGCCAUCGUCAACUUUGUCUCCAGGGUCAUGCUCGGCUCCGGCCAGAAAAGAUGAGCCGGUGCUCGCGGGUGAUUCUUGAAUUUUGGAGAAGGACUUGGAGCCGGUCCGAGAAGGAGUGCAAGGAAGUGCAUUGUGGGAGAGGGAAGUGAAUUGGGGGGGGGAAAGGGUUGGAAUUUUGGAGGAAAACAGCAAACAACAACA